UGCGCGUGCGGGAUGGGAGGGGCGCGGCACCGUGUCUAGAGCGGCCGCGGUCUAGGUCCGCACGCCCGCGGGUCCCUCCUGCAGCCCCGCGCUGGGCAGGGCCGGCCCGGCCGGGCCAUGGAGUCCUACGACAUUAUCGCCAACCAGCCGGUGGUCAUCGACAACGGUUCGGGGGUGAUCAAGGCUGGCUUUGCAGGAGACCAGAUUCCCAAAUACUGUUUCCCAAACUAUGUCGGGCGCCCUAAGCACAUGCGAGUGAUGGCUGGAGCCCUGGAGGGGGACCUCUUCAUUGGACCAAAAGCAGAGGAGCACCGGGGGCUGCUGGCCAUCCGCUACCCCAUGGAGCACGGCGUGGUACGGGACUGGAACGACAUGGAGCGCAUCUGGCAGUACGUCUACUCCAAGGACCAGCUGCAGACUUUCUCCGAGGAGCAUCCUGUUCUCCUAACGGAGGCUCCACUCAACCCAAGUAAGAACCGGGAGAAGGCAGCAGAGGUGUUCUUUGAGACCUUCAACGUGCCAGCCCUGUUUAUCUCCAUGCAGGCCGUGCUCAGCCUGUAUGCAACAGGACGCACGACGGGAGUGGUCUUAGACUCGGGGGACGGGGUCACUCAUGCUGUCCCCAUCUACGAGGGCUUUGCCAUGCCGCACUCCAUCAUGCGCGUGGACAUUGCUGGCCGCGAUGUCUCCCGCUACCUCCGGCUACUGCUGCGCAAGGAAGGAGUUGACUUUCACACCUCAGCCGAGUUCGAGGUUGUCCGGACCAUCAAAGAGCGAGCCUGCUACCUCUCCAUCAACCCGCAGAAGGAUGAGGCUCUGGAGACGGAGAAGGUGCAGUACACCUUGCCAGACGGCAGCAUGCUCGACGUGGGGCCAGCGCGGUUCCGGGCCCCUGAGCUGCUGUUCCAGCCAGACCUGGUAGGUGAUGAGAGUGAAGGGCUCCACGAGGUGCUGGCCUUCGCCAUCCACAAGUCUGACAUGGACCUUCGCCGGACGCUGUUCGCCAACAUUGUGCUUUCGGGUGGCUCUACGCUUUUCAAAGGCUUCGGUGACCGAUUGCUAAGUGAAGUAAAGAAGCUUGCCCCAAAGGAUGUCAAAAUCAAGAUCUCGGCCCCUCAGGAGCGGCUGUACUCCACGUGGAUCGGUGGCUCCAUCCUGGCCUCGCUCGAUACUUUUAAGAAGAUGUGGGUAUCCAAAAAGGAGUAUGAAGAGGAUGGCUCCCGUGCUAUUCAUCGUAAAACCUUCUAGUGCCCGAAGAGGUGUAGCGUGUUGGGAGAGUGGGAGGAAAGGGGAGUCAGAGCCCUUACCCCUUUCCGGUCUGGGCUCACAUCCUAGGCUUAGGGUCCCCUGCAUGCCCUGAACCCUGGGCAGAUGGGGCAGCCAUGCUUCCCUGCAGCCCUCCCCUGCGCACGCGCACACACGCACACA